AUGGGCAAGCGAGCCUUGGUCUUUGGAGCGAGCGGCGUGACCGGCUGGUCAUUCGUCAACGAGCUCUUGCAUGACUAUCCCAAGCAAGGAGCCUGGGAUGGUGUUGUAGCCUUGACGAACAUGCCUCUACGCCACGAAGACUCCCUUUGGCCGGAGGAUAGUCGCCUGCAGAUCGUCUCUGGCAUCAACUUGCUAGAUAGUCAGCCGGAGGUUGAGUAUGUACUACGGAACAAGGUGGAUGACAUUGACAAGAUCACACAUGUCUACUACCUAGCAUACAAAGCAUCCACGGACAUUGUACAGAAACUGCAGGAUGCCAUUGCUAUGCUCGAGCAUGCAAUCACCGCAAUCGAUCGACUGAGCUCCGUCCUGGAAUUUGUUGUCCUUCAAACAGGCGCGAAAAUGUACGGAUGCCACAUCUUGAAAGACCACCCAACGACUUACAUUCAUGUCCCCCUCUCCGAGGAUCAACCAAGAUUGAAGCAGCCGUACCACGAUAUGCUGUUCUACCAUUCACAGCUGGACUGGCUAGGCGAGUAUGCGAAAGACAAGUCCUGGAGUUGGUGUGAGACUCGGCCGGAUAUCAUCAUUGGCUUCGUACCGAAUCAGAAUGCUUACUCAUUGGCCCGAUCGCUUGCGGUCUUCCUCUCGAUUUAUGCCGCUGUUCACGGAAAGGGCGCAGAAGUCUCUUUCCCGGGCACCAUGAAAUCCUGGGAGGCCAAAUCGAACGACAGCUCCGCUGACAUAAUAGCAAGACAGACCAUACAUCUGUCUCUCUAUAUGCCAAGCAGCCAAAAAGGAGAAGCUUUCAAUGUAGCCGAUUCGAAGCCUUGGUCGACAUGGAGACAGAAGUGGCCUGUCAUUGCCAGCUACUUUGGCCUCAAAGGAGUUGCGCCGCAACAUGAUACUGUUGAUGCUCUGGAAGUACGUCAGUACAUCUGCGACAAGCUGCAGAUCUGGAAGGAGCUCGAGUUGAAGCAUGGGCUGAAGCCAGGGAUGGCCAACUCGGAUCUCACGUUCCCAGGCUUUGAAUACUUCCUCUUGUAUCAGUUCGACUUUGACCGACAGUACGACAUGACCAAAAUGUACAGCACACCGCCGGACAAGCCUUUUACAGAAGAGCGCAGCACGUCGGAGGCAUGGCAUGGAGCAUUCGAUCGCAUGAGAGAAGCGAAGCUGAUUCCUCGAGCAUGA